AACCAAACUGGACUGAACCAACCUGGACUGAACCAAACUGGACCGAACCAAACUGGACUGAACCAAACUGGACUGAACCAAACCGGACUGAACCAAACUGGACUGAACCAAACUGGACCGAACCAAACUGGACUGAACACUGGACUGAACCAACCUGGACUGAACCAAUCUGGACUGAACCAACCUGUUAUGAACCAAACUGGACUGAACCAA